AAAUGUUAUCAGUAUCUAUUUUGAGACAUGAAUUUUUCGUAUUUGAAAACAUAACCCCAAAAACCCAGUCACCACAGUCUACACCCCUCCGCCGCCACCAUUUCUCGCCUCGAAUUCUUCAUGAAAUGGAACCACCAAGCUUCUAUGAGACCAGCAAUGGCGAUCCUUCUAGAACCCCUCCUCAGUUCAUCCCAGUUCCAACUCCCACCCUCCUCCUAUGCCACCGUAUUCCAAGCUUUCACCGGUAAAAACCUCCUCAAAUUAGGUCAGCAGCUCCAUGCGCACAUCGAAAUCCGCGGCCUCCGCCCCACGCCCUUCCUCGCCGCGAAAAUGGUUGCGAUGUACGCCAGCUCCGGCGACAUCACGUCCUCCGCCAGGAUCUUCCACUCCGUCCAAAACCCCUCUCUGCUUCUCUUCAAUUCCAUGGUUCGAGCUUACAGUCUGUAUAAAUACUCCGAAGAGACUCUGCAGAUUUUUACGAAAUUGCAUUCCUUGAAUCUUCGCGGCGAUUAUUUCACCUACCCUUUCGUGUUGAAAUCAGUCGCGAAUCUGGAGCUUCUCCGCAUCGGGAAAUGCAUACAUUCGAUGAGCAUGAGAGAUGGGUUAGAAUUCGAUUUAUACGUGGCGACAUCGUUGAUCGACAUGUAUGUGAAAUGCGGGAAGCUCGGCGACGCGCGGAAGCUGUUCGACGAAAUGCCUGUGAGAGACGCCUCGUCUUGGAACUCGUUGAUCUCGGGUUAUAUGAAAGAAGGCGCGGUUGAUUCAGCACGAGAGCUGUUUGAAGAAAUGCCAACGAAGAACAUUGUGUCGUGGACGAGUAUGAUCUCGGGUUACACCCAAAACGGCCUUGCAGCUAACGCUCUCAAACUGUUUGAUAAAAUGUUGGGGAGAGACUCGGAUUUGAAGCCGAAUUGGGUGACGAUCAUGAGCGUUCUCCCCGCUUGCGCCCAUUCGUCUGCGUUAGAGCAAGGCAGGAGGAUCCACGGUUUCGCACGAGAGGAGGGCUUGGACUGUCAUCCGUCAGUGCAGACUGCGUUAGUAGGAAUGUAUGCGAAAUGUGGGAGCCUGCCAGAUGCCAAGCUAUGCUUUGAUAGAAUCAAUCCAAGAUCGAGGAGUUUAGUCGCCUGGAACUCGAUGAUCAGUGCUUAUGCUUCUCAUGGGCGAGGCGAAGAGGCAGUCCAUACAUUCGACCUCAUGAUUCAAGAAGGGUUUCGCCCGGAUGGCAUUACGUUCACAGGGCUUCUAUCGGGCUGCAGUCAUUCCGGUUUAGUGGAACUAGGGUUGAGAUUCUUCGAUUCCAUGAGCUCGGACUAUCAAGUGGAGAAAAGGCAUGAGCACUAUGCUUGCGUGGUGGACUUGUUGGGGCGUGCUGGGAGAUUGGUCGAGGCGUAUGAGCUCAUCUCCAACAUGCCAAUGCCAGCCGGGGCAAGCGUGUGGGGCUCAUUGCUGGCUGCAGGGAGAUGUCAUCGCAAUCUUGAGAUAUCUGAGCUGUCGGCCAAGAAGCUAUUUGAGUUGGAGAAGGAGAAUAGUGGGAACUAUGUGAUACUCGCGAAUAUGUAUGCAGAGGCUGCAAUGUGGGACGAGGCGAAGGCGUUGAGGGCUCUGCAGAAAUUGCAGAAAGUGAGGAAGAAUCCCGGGUGCAGUUGGGUUGAGAAUGACGGGAAGGCUAUUGUGUUUCUUGGUGGCGAUGAUAUUUCUUCAAAUUCUCAAACAGUAGAGAUUUGAUUUA